AUGCCCAACCCAACAGCAGCUGCUCUCUGCGUGUCGGCCGCCCCAUCGUCUUCGUGCGACGAUUCGGUGUGCGCAGCCACCACCAAGAAGCGUGCCAAGCGUGCCUGUGUCAACUGUCGCCAGUCCAAGGUUGCCUGUGACCAACAACGCCCAUGCACCCGUUGCACCAAGCACGGAAUCGAAGACAAGUGCCAUGACGUGCCCCGCAAGACCAAGGUCGUAAACAAGCGUGCUAAAAAGGAGACCUCUUUGCCAGUCAUCAUCGCUGGCCAAGACGGUAAUGGUGUCUCUACCCUUGCUGCCUCUACCUCUCCAUCCUCCCCCAUCCUCCUCCUCCAACACCACCCCCGUAGUAGUUGCCGCAAACUCCAAGAAAAGCACCAAACAGCAUCAACAUCAAAUUCAUCAACAACAACAUCAACAUCAACAACACCAACAACAACCAUUGACUCCUCAACAACAACACUCACCUCAACAACAACACCAAUCGUCAUUACUAAGCGAUCAAAUCUCACGUCAACUUCAACAACACCAUUACAAUUAUUACAACAAAAACAACAACAAGCCCAACAACAACAACAACAGGCUGCUCAACAACAACAACAACAACUCAACUCAUCAACCAAUAACCUUUCACCACCACAAUCACCACCAUCCCCACGUUACACUGGCAAUCAUCAACAGGAUAUUAGUAAUCUUGUAAAUACCAUCAAAAACAAUCCCCACCUUCAACAACAAAUCCAACAUUAUCACCAAAUCAAACAACAACAACAACAAUACCACCAACUUCAACAAUUAAACAAUCAGAUCCUCCAACAACAACAACAAAACAAUAGUCCAAUCAUUAACAACAACAACCAACAUGUUCCAAUGUAUCGUUUCACUGCUAAUCAACAACAACAACAGUUGCAACAGAUUAACAACUUGGCCUGUCAAUCGGUCUCGUCGUCAUCUCUCAUGUCUGCUAUUGAGGAUCCAACUGUGAAUAUUGUUGAUAAUGUUGUACCAGCCAACUCUAACUCGUCCAACUCGGUUGCUGCUGGUUCAAAUGGUAUUGGAUUGUCACAGAACAACAACCUAUUUAUUGCAUCAUCUGUAUUUAAUAACCAACAACAACAACACAACAUUGAUAUUGAAUCUAUGCUUGCCAAGCCAUUGGAAUUAUCUGAUCCAUCGCCCCCACCAUUAGUUCCAUCGUCACACCAAGACCUUUCAAUGUUCCAAAACAGCUGUGUCAUGAAUCCACCAUCGCCACUCAUGCUCGCCAACCUAACCAUGCCAUCCUCUCCAUCGUCCACCUUCUCCACUCCAACCCAACAUAUCCUCGCAUCUGCUUCGUCACCUGACCACUCGUCCUCUCCAGGAUCACCACACCUCCAUCAUCAUCAACAUCAACCACAACUUGGAUCGUUUACCAAUGUUGUUAAUGAGGUUGUUGGUAGUCCAUCGUCUCCCCAACAAAUGUCAUCUGACAAGCCAAUUAAACAAGAGGAUGGCAGCUCAUCAUCGUCGCCGUCCAACAAACCAGUAUUAUCAAAUAUCCAACAAGCAUUUGAGAAUGUUUUAAUCAAUCUCUCAACCAUUGUUGGUACUGCAUCUGCAUUCCAAGAGCCAAUUGCAGUUGGAUCGUCAACAUCAUCUGCUCCAUUUGGAUAUUGUUCAAAAAGUCCAUUUUCAAUUGAUGGAGUUCCUCAACAAUCCCAACAACCCUUAUUACUCGGUAACGGUAAUAACAACAACAAUAAUAAUAAUAAUGGAUAUGGAUCAAACCCAUCAUCAUGUCCAGAUUCACCACAACAACAACAACAACAACAACCACAACUUGGUGAUUUAUUAUUUGCUUACAAACAACAACACAACGCAUUGACCAAACUCCAAAACAGCAACAAUAACAUUAUCACCUCUAACAACAAUAACAACAAUACUGUACAUACCAUCCAACCAGAUCUAUUAGUUAGUGAAUUGAAAAAGAUUCAUCAAUCAUUGGACGUUAUCACCAAGUUCCUCCACUUUCCCCUGUCACCCCAACAACAACAGCAAUUGCAAGUGAACCAGUCGCUCCAACAACUGAUGCACCAACAAAUCGAGAGACCCCUCUACGAUGCCCCAAAGAACCAUAUCAUCCCAGGCAAUCUUUGGUUACCUUGCUUAGAGUCGAUAAAACAAUAUACACCAAGGGCAAAGUGGGGACUGCCAGAUCGAAAAGUCGUCGAAAUCAAUCAACCAUUCUGUAAAUUAUUAGGAUACAACUCUGUCACCGAGUUUAAUGACGCCCGCUCUAUAUGGGACGAAGUAGUCCACCAUCAAAUCAUUCCAUUCACCAACCGUUAUGCCAUGGAAGCUAUCAUGAAAGGCAUUCAACGGUUCCAACGCCCAUGCGUCUUUAAAAAGAAGAAUGGAUACUACUUUUCCGCCACCAUCCUCGUAGAGUUUGACGAAUACUUUACCUGUUUCCAAACCACCAUCCUACAGAAACUUACAGAUUUCUAUGAAGACAUUUCCGACGAUUAUCUUUCCCGUGAACUUCGUUACAAACAAGCCUGCCUUGCUUUAGAUGAUAUCUUUUAA